AUGGGUCUUUCAGUGCUAGACCAGCAGAGGAAGCUGUAUCUGCUAACAGAAGAAGAUACGAAGCUGUAAGAAUUUCAGCAGAUGAAGGUGGCAAUUAGAAAUGAGUUUCAUUAUAAUAAAGAUCAAUAUUUUAAAAACAUAAAAAACAUAAGGAAAAAUGGAAUAAUUCUCAGAAAUUAAUUAAAAAACUUGCUGCAUUUAUGUCAGACUUCAUCUGAAGUGGAACUAGCCAGAAAAGUUAUUUACAGUCUUUCCCAUAGAUCCCAUGAACAGAAUGGAGUCACAGCCUUACAUAUAUUUAAAUUUGGACCACUCUUUAUGAGGCUGUGUUAUGAGCUAGACUUUGAAAGACCUGCAGUAGAACUUAUCAAAGAUCAGAAAUUGCAUGUUUUUUUCUCAGACAGUACAUCGUUCCAUAUUUUGAUGACUAUGUUGUUUAAAAAGGGCCAUUUUGAAAAUGCUUUGGAAGUUUUGGUAGAAAGGAAAAAACAAGGUAUACCUUUCGACAAAGAAACCUAUCUACUUGCAGUUGCAAUAUGCUAUAAACUGGGCAAUCUGGAGUCUUCAAAAAUCUCUGUGAGACUGCAUGAAGAAGGGCAGCUUAAAGGGGAUACAUUAUCACUGAGAGCAUACUGCUUUGCAAUGGCAACUGCUCUCAAGCAGAACGAUAUAACACAAGCCAAAUUUUAUUGUUCCCAGAUAAUGAGAACAGAGAGCAAACUAUACAAUAAUCUUAAAGUCCUUGUCCAGCUCAGAUCUGGUUUGCUAAAAGAGGUAAUAAAUGCUUUAGAGGCAGCAGUGAAAGUAGAUACUCCUCCCUUUGUGAAAACAACUGAGUUUUCUGAGCAGGUGUUGGCUACAGUCAGGGAAAAGAUGGAAGAGAACCCUGACCUUUCUGUCAAAUUAGGAAAUAUUUAUACAAAACUACAGGUUUCAGGACAGAUAAUCAUGUGCACACUGGAAGACAUGCUUUUCCGGAUUCCUAGUUCAAAGAAGACCACUGCAAAGCUUUUAAAUCAGAAACAGUUGGGCUAUCAGGAUGCUAGUCCACUUCGGUCAAAUCUGUUUUUUGAAUAAUUCAGUAUAUGAUGAAAAGCAGAACUGCUGAUAGCAUCUCUUAUAAUCCAGGCUUAAAUAGUGUCUUUUCGCU